AUGAGUGAGAGUAGACUGCAACGCGCCCUGCGCGGCGGCUGCCAGUGCGGGCGUAACAGUUACAUCAUCGACGUCCCCCAGGGAACCACCGAGAGAGCGCAGGUGCUCUUCCACACAGACUCGAUGCAUAGAGUUCCUCUCGCAACCCCACUAGCCGCCAUGAUCCGCGUACCGCUUUCGUGGUAUCACAGCUCAACCCACGCCCUCUUCCCGGACGAAAAGCACUCAACGAUCCGCCGAGUCUUCGAAUCCUCGUCCAAGCACCCGUCGAAGCGGCACUUUUGUGGCUUCUGUGGCACGCCCUUGUCCUACUGGACAGAACGGCCCCAGGCAGAGGCGGACUACAUCCACCUCACAUUGGCCAGCCUCCAGGGCGAGGACCUGAGAGACCUGGAAGACUUGGGGCUCAUACCCGAGUUCGAGGAGGCGGAGGAGCAGCCCGCAAUCCCGACAACAACGACGGUAGUUGGACGAGAAACCCGCGGCGUCCCGUGGUUCGAGAGUAUGAUCGAGGGGACCCGUUUGGGCAGUCUGCGUCACAGCCAAGUAGUCGACCACAGCAGGGACGGGGCGAUCAGGGUCGAAUGGGAGAUUGUGGAGUGGACCGACUCGGACGAUAUCCACGACGUAGCCCCCGCGACGGCUGGAGACGUCGACAUGGUGACCAACAAUGCCACGAAACGCAAGAUGGGAGACCGAGAUGAUGCGGAUGCCGCUGUCGAAGCCAUGCAGUGA